AGAGAUAAGGGAGAGAGAGAGAGCGAGAGCAUCACAUACCUACAGGUGGAGCAACACAGUGCCUGGAAAAGACUGACGGAGUGAUAAUCACAGAGAUAAAGAGGGGAGCCGGUGGAUUGUUUAGGUGGAGAUGAGAAGGAGGUUUCACUGUGAGAGCAGAUUGAGAUAAACGCUUCCUAUCACGAGUUCUUCUUCUCGACCGCGCUGCAAAUGAGAUAUCAGAGAGAGCCAGAUACAGGAAUGGAUCUUAUUCAUCACCAAUCAUCUUGCUAAGCUCACCUGGUUUCGCUCGGCAAGGCAGAGCCCUAUGACUGUGCGAAAAGGAAAACGUCUAGGCAUCUCCAUCCAGGAGCACAUGGCCAUCGACGUAUGUCCGGGGCCCAUCCGCCCAAUCCGCCAAAUCUCUGCCUACUUCCCCCGCCUGUCGCCCACUUCCUCCUUCUCUGAGCCGCUCUCGCCCAAUCAGGUGGCAGCUCCCGCCUCGCUCAGCCCCGGCAGCGCGGGUCAAGGUGAAGGGGCCGCCGGCGGAGGAGGGAACAGCAGCCUGUUGUCACCGCUGCUACCCGGGGCGGCGGGCGGAGGGGGCUCGCUGUCGGCCAUGAGCAGCAUGGACACCUCCAUCGAGAUCGACAGCUGUGACAGUGAUGAUAACACCUCCUUGGGGACGUUAGAGUUUGACCUACUGUAUGAGAGAGCCACCAGCUCCCUGCACUGCACAGUCCUGAGAGCAAAGGGUCUGAAGCCGAUGGAUUUCAAUGGUUUGGCUGAUCCUUACGUCAAGCUGCACCUGCUUCCAGGAGCCUGCAAGGCUAAUAAAUUGAAAACCAAGACUGUUCGCAACACGCUGAACCCUGUUUGGAACGAGACGCUCACCUACUGCGGAAUCACUGAGGAGGACAUGUACCGAAAGACGCUCCGGGUGUCCGUGUGCGAUGAAGACAAGCUGACACAUAAUGAGUUCAUUGGGGAGUCGCGGGUGGCCCUGCGCCGCGUGAAACCGGACCAGACCAAACACUUCAACAUCUGUCUGGAGCACCCACCUCCUCUGCCUUCACCAACAGCGAUGAGUACAGCCCUGAGAGGAAUCUCCUGCUACCUGAGAGAGUGGGAGACCGAGCAGCAGAGGAGUCUUGAGGAGAGGGGCCGCUUGCUGCUCUGCCUGCAGUACCUCCCCCCGGCUGGUGAUGGCGACGUGAAGGGCGAGGCCAAGGAGAGGGCUCGCGGCGGGUUGUGUGUGGGCGUCAAACGCUGCGCCCACCUGGCAGCCAUGGAUGUCAACGGCUACUCGGACCCCUACGUUAAAACGUACCUCAAGCCAGAUGUUCAUAAGAAGUCCAAGCACAAAACAGCCGUCAUAAAAAAGACUCUCAACCCGGAGUUUAAUGAGGAGUUCUUCUACGAAAUCACCUUCUCAGAGUUGGCCACGAAGACGCUGGAGGUCACAGUGUGGGACUACGACCUGGGAAAGUCUAAUGACUUUAUCGGUGGUGUGUCCUUAGGGUGUCACUCACAGGGAGACUCUCUGCAGCACUGGAUAGACUGUCUGAAGAACAAGGGCAAGAAGGUGGAGCGCUGGCACACGCUGACCAACGAGCUGCCUGGAUCCACGCUGCAGGAAUGAACUGAUCCUCAUCCACUGUAACAGACACCGCAGAGACUGACCUGACGACUCGAGGAUGAGAGAAGCUCCAUCGCAUGCUCUGAGGAAUUUCUGCAUGACUGUGAAGGACUCAUAUCCUACUUGCUUUGUGUCAUAAAUGAGACCAUCAUCCACAUACAACACACCCAAAGGGGGGGUCACAUUCAGAGAUCAAUACUCUAAUCCUGGGAUCCAAAUAGACCCAAUGCAAAUCUGGGAAGAGCGUGGCCACCAGUGGGAGAAUUUUCAUAAUCAUAUUCAUAGGGACACGUGUCCCCUUUGUGGGUUUAACGUCUAUCUAAAUGCGCCUCUGCACUGCUCCAAACUGGUCAGAGCUCAAUCAAAACAGAAAGAUUGAAAUCGUGCUAAAGAAAAUCUAAUGAGGGAGAAGGCUGAAUUAUUCCACCGGUCGUCCCUCAUGUCAGGCUUAUGUGCUCUCAUCACACUCGGCCUGCUGUGUCCAUUAACAGCUGACAUAAAAAAAAUUUUAAAAAAAACUCCUGUCUUGCAGCGCACAUACCUCUCCCCUCGCAAUAAUGAUUUGCCUAAUGCUUCCAAAAAAAAAAAGAUUUCCAAGUGGUCUUAACACUGUUGGACAUUUUUUUUGUACGUAUUGAUCUGGUUUGGAUUGGAUUGCCUGAAGAUAAUUGGUUCUUCCACGUUGAUGGUUCGUGUCAGUUACUUUGCAUGUUUCGGUGUCGAUGGAGCAAACUAAAAGACGAAUAACGUGCUGGGUUCUGCUGCAGGAUUCAUCAUUGUGUUGUUCCCCUAUUCUCCUGAGGCGUGUUGCUCUGAUUAACUGAAGAUGUUUUGUUUUUUUUUAAUUAAUCUGAGGGUAACAGUUUUUUUUUUUUUUUUUGUUCAUUUUUUUUUAUGUUGUUCACAGUUGUUUAAUGUGUCAGCUCUAAUAUCACUGUGUCAGUUUCUUGUUGGUGACACGUUGAUGAACCUCAUUCUUUCUUAUCUGAACGGACGAAGGACAGAGAUGUAAAUUAACAGGAUUAUUUUGCGGCGAGCUGUGUGUUGGUCACACGACAAAUAAAAUCAUCAGCUUUUUGUUGAGUAUCUAACUUACAAACAUGAAUGGUGUACAGAAGCACAGUGUUGUCUGAUAAGCCUCCUUGGCUGCUGCUUUACUAUGGAUUGCAUUAACCAAGCUGCAGGUGUGGUACAAGUGGCAUGCUGAAAAAUACCAGUGGUGUUCAUAUGUAAAUAUAUAUUGUGUUGCACUUGCUUUGGAUGUUUGUCUUUUUGGAAUUGAAAGUGUGCAUGAUUUUUUCUUCUUCUUCUUUUUUGUUUUUCAUAAAACAUUCAUAUUGACCGACCGUGUGCAGCCCUGAAUUUCUGUCAUGUUUGCUCCGUGGUUUCCAAAAGUGGCCUCUCUGAAUCUCUUCUGUUUACAUGCGGCUCAGUGGCAAAUCCAAUAAAGCCAACACUGCCACCUACCCUCCAGGGUCCGCAGCUGCAGCCUCCUGUCUGACAUUAGUGCGAGUUGGGAAGUUUUCCACUCCUCUGGGGAUAAUUUAAUGUAUGUAUGUAUGAAUGUACCAUGAUUCCAGGAAUUCUCACAGACAUCUUCCCACAAAGGCCACUGAAUUUAUAGCAUUGACAUGUUUAAAUCCUGCUUUAUUAAAUCAUCAUGAAUAAAGCAUUUAUCCAUUGAUUGUUCU